GUCAGAAUCAUGGUUGCCAUGCAACCGCUACUUUCCUGCUAUCCACUAAUGUCAUUUCAUUUGUUCGUUGUGGAUGUAUAUCUGAAAGUGCAUCUAGAUACCCAUGCCUGGUGUCAAAUGAACAAUGCCGAUUGUUAUUUGUUUCCAAUCCGAUUUGCCGUUGCCAAUGCGUACUUGAUCCGUUGGAUCGGAAAUUUCAGGCUGACAGAACAGGGGAUAAAAGUCAAAAGCAUGAACAAUUUGAUGGAAAUCCUACUUUACUGCUAUUCAUAAAGAAGCAACAGGAAUUCUUCGACAACAAAUAUCUUGUUAAUAUGACUUUUCUUGAUGUUAUGACGCCACUAUGUUUACUGAGUUAUUACCCCAGGCGCUGGGCUUAUAAAAAAUACAGUUUCUGACACUAGUCAGCAUUUACCACUUGAAAUCCUUAUUAGUUUUGUGUUUACAGUGACCGUGCUGUUUUUCUGGUAGGCAGA